AGUUGCAUACUAAUGUUUCCGAUUUAGAAAAAGUAGCAAAAAAUGUCAAGGAGGGUGACUAGCGAGGAAAAUCAAGUAGAGCGGUUAGAUACUAUGUUGAAAGAAUUUGUAGAGGAUAUGAAGCCAUACGUCUUAAACUUGAAAACAAAAGACGAAAAACAGACUAUUUCUGCUUGGAUUAAGAAAUUAUGUCAUCCAUCCAUUACAACAGUGGUGGAAAGGAAAAACAGAAACUUGUAUGCUCAAAUUUUACUGCACAUGUUAUUAAAAGAUGAAAUACGUGAACCUUUUCUUAUGAAACCAAGUCAUGGAAAGCUACCCACAAUUCCUGCUUACAUGUCAAACUAUUUGGACAGUACAAACCAGAGUAAGCAACAGAGGUCGUUUACAGGACCUGAGUGGUUACAAGGAGAAGAGUUCGAAGACUCUAUACUUUCUCAAACCAUGUCGCACCAAAGUUAUAAUAAAUAUAAAGAUGUUUUGUCACCGAAGAAACGCGAAAAAUUCAUGCUGUCUCCACCAACACUGGGUCCAACAACCGAGGCAAAGUUUAAAAAGGAAAAACAUAGCAUGGAUUACUUGGAACUGUCUGAUCUAAACGAACUGGAAAAAUAUUUGCAGGAAAAUAAAGAGAACUUUAGUAGCACGAAACGUUUAAAAUCAAAUGAUGAUGUUGGAAAAAUUUAUCAAGAGAAGUCUCCAAAACAGCUUGAUGAUAGAUUGAGGCGACCAACCACUACGAAAACUCAGUCGAAUCGCGAGAAAGAAUUGGAACUGAAGUUGAGAUUGACUGAAGGAAAAAUUCAAGAAGAAACAUUGAAGAUUCAACAACAACAUGAUCAAAUGAUUAAAAAGAUAUUAGAUCGAAAGAAUAACGAAAUUACUGAUGUGAAGAGUUACUAUCAAAAGAAAAUCGCUGAACUUGAAAAUUCUUUGCAACAGCAUGGAAAGACAGAAAAACAGUUAAAUGAUGAUAUGAUGAUAAUAAGGGAAAAGCAUGCUCUGGAAGUCGACGAAUUGAAAGAUGCUAUCCGAAGAAGUGCAGCUAAUACUGCUACUGAAUAUGAGAAAGUAAUGUAUGACAAAUUAAGUGAUUUUGAAAAUGAGAUUUUCAACCUGCAAAAAGUCCACCGACAAAAUAUUAACGAACUUGUAGCCGAAGCUGAUGGAAAGAUGAAAAUUAUGACAGAUGGAUUCUCCAAAGAAAGGAAAGAAAUGGCGAGUCCUUAUAUUUUGAAUGUUUUUGUUUAACUUUUUUCCAUGGUUGCAUGGUUUGGGCGGGUGAUAUUAGCUCCUUUACUGCAAGACUUUUCUUAUUGCUACCUACCAAUUCUUUGUCGGUCUACCUCCCCUUACUACCCAAGAAUUGGUGGACCUUUAAGAGAAGUGCAAUAAAAUCCAAACAAGUGAAAGCUGACGUUAGCUCCAUUGAAUUCAGGCCAAGUUACAGAAGAGCAUUUUUUGACUUGAAUCAGACGUAUCUUACCAAGUCCGUUUCGUCAACGUUUUCUACACUGGAAAAUGAUAAAAAGAAGAAUUACAAUGGAAUACAAUGCGCCAAGAACUAUCAAGCUGGAGAACUUCUCUAUAAAGCAUUAUUUUGCUUUAUCGUUGAUUAUAUAAAUCAGACAAAUUUGUGUAUCAUACAGGGCAUCAUAGAGAGAAAAAUUACACCUGCUCACAAGAAUUAAAGAGAACGAGUUCUGUGUAAUUUUUUGAUUUAUUUUCUAGGAAGCAAAUUAUAAGGACUUGGUGGAACAGCAUGAUUUAACGAAGAAGUCUCAAGAAGUUCUUUGCAUGGAGAAAGAUGCACUGUUAAAAGAGAAGG